GUCGGUUAACCGAUAACCGAACCGAAAAAAUCGGUUCUCGGUUAACCGAUAAUCGAUUUUUUCGAUUAUCGGUUCGGUUUCGGUUCCCGUCUGAAGGUCACGAUCGGUUCUUGGCUCGGUCGGUUAUAACCGUAAAGAACUGAUUGGGCUUAGCUGAUUUAAUUUAAUUUAAUUAUUUAAAACUGGCCCAAAGACUAAUUUUAAUUUUGAGCCCAAGUUACAUGAAGCCCAAACUUGAUAAAACAAUUACACAAACCCUUUCUCCCACAGUCCCACUCUCUGAGCUUCCCUCCCACACGCCACAGUCCACACCCGCCGCGCCACACUCUCCCUCUCCUUCUUCCCACCGGCCGGCGACCACCGGCCGGCGACUCCUUCCCAGCAGCGGCUUCUCCAGCACCAGCACUCCUUCCCAACAGCGGCGAUGACUCCCUCCCAGCACCAGCAGCGGCUCCUUCUUCCCAGCGGCUGGCGACUCCUCCCCACCGGCCGGCGACUCCUUCCCUUCCCAGCAGCCUGCGGCAGUUCCUAUCUGUUAGAACCGAAUCGAAUCGUGUAAAAUCGGUUCCUAACCGAACCGAUUCCUUCUCGUUUUCGGAAAAUUAGGGAGUCGGUUAACUGACUUUUCGGUUCGGUUAGAACCGAACCGAUUCCCAGCCCUUUCAUUUUGGUGAGACGCAAAAUGCUUUUACAUUAAAUAAGGUAUUUUUAUUUUAAUAAUAUUAUUUUAAAUGGUAAAUCAAAAGACUUCUAAAAAGGACAUUUUUAUUGUUUCGUAACAUGACUCGAACCAGACGUAUAAUAAGAUAAAAGAAUAGCAUCUUAUAACUAUUAAACUUUGCUUACAAAUUAAUAUUUAAUGAAAUAUCAUUUUAUUUUAUUUUAAAUCUAGAUUAAUUAUUUUUAUAAUCCAAAUUUAUGUUUUAAUUGACUCACACAAGACUAUAUUGGCAACAUUGCACAGUUUUACUCAGCAAAUGAGCAGCAGAUGCCUUCACCUCUUAGAAAAAUGCAAGAGCUUAACGCAGUUAAAGCAAGCUCACGCAUUGGCCGUCACAUGCGGCCUCGCCACCAACACCUUCGCUCUCAGCAGAAUGUUGGCUUUCUGCUCAAACCCUUCCCAUGGCGCUCUCGACUACGGCCACAAAAUCUUCAAUCAGAUCGAAAAUCCCACAAUUUGCAUAUGCAACACCAUGAUCAAAGGCUUCCUGCUCAAAGACGAGAGCUUUAGAGCCUUACAAGUGCACAGAUUGAUUUUGAGACAUGGUUUGCUCCCCGAUAAUUACACGCUUCCUUACACCUUGAAAGCUUGCGCAAACAUGAAAAGUUUGAAUCUUGGAGGAUCGGUUCAUGGGCAAUCGCUGAAACUAGGUUUCCCGUCCGAUAAUUUCGUGGGAAACUCUUUGAUUGCGAUGUAUUCUGCUGUGGGAGAAAUGGGCGCGGCGAGGCUUGUUUUCGAGGAGAUUUCUUUGAAAUGUGUUGUUUCUUGGACAGUUUUGAUUUCAGGGUAUGCUAAAAGAGGCGAUGUUUAUUCGGCAAGAUUGAUUUUUGAUGAAGCCCCUUUGAAGGAUAGGGGGAUUUGGGGUGCAAUGAUUGCUGGGUAUGUACAAAACAACUGUUUUAAGGAAGGUUUGAAGCUGUUUAGGUUGAUGCAGUUGAGUGGGAUUAAGCCUGAUGAGGCUAGUCUUGUUAGCGUGCUUUGUGCUUGUGCUCAUUUAGGAUGUCUCGAGAUUGGGAAAUGGAUUCAUAGAUAUGUGGAGAAGGUUGGAAUGUCACUGGGAUUGAAACUGGGCACUGCUUUAAUCGACAUGUAUUCGAAAUGUGGAUGCUUGGAGUUGGCUGAGAAGGUGUUUGAUGAAAUGCCUAAGAGAGAUGUGAUUUGCUGGAACACUGUGAUUUCAGGCUAUGCUAUGAACGGCGAUGGAGGGAGUGCUGUUAAGACGUUUGACGAAAUGCGGAGGCUAGGGGUGGAGCCGGAUAGUGUGACGUUCAUCUCGCUGUUCGCGGCUUGUAGCUACUCCAACAUGGCAGACGAAGGGCUACGUUUGCUGCAUGAGAUGGCCAAUGUUUGCAAGAUCGAGCCGGGGCCCGAGCACUACGGGUGCAUAGUCGAUCUCCUCACGAGGGCGAGGCUCAUUGAGGAAGCUAACGCUAUACUUCAGAGAAUGGCAGUUAUGGGCUCGUCCUCCGAGGAAGCUAUAGCGUGGAGGGCCCUGCUCAGCGGUUGCUGCAGCCAUGGGCGUGUUGAUUUGGCUGAGGCUGCUGCUGAGAGGCUUGUGGAGUUGGAGAGGCAUAGCGGGGCAUACGUCUUGCUGGCGAACGCAUAUGCAGCUGCUGGGAGGCACGACGAGGCAAGGAGGAUUAGGAAAACAAUGAGAAGGAGAGGAGUAGAGAAGACACCAGGAUGUAGCUCGGUGGAGAUUGACAGUACCGUUCAUGAGUUUGUUGCUGGGGAGAAGACACAUUCGAGAAUGGACGAGAUAUCUGCAAUUCUUGAGAUAGGGCAUGCGAAUUGGGAUAUUCUAUGCCUGACGGAGGAGCCCAAUAAACAGAGGAAGGGGGUGAUCAGCUACAUCUGCUGUAUAUUUAAUGCAGACUGAAGGAUGAUUUGAGAGAUGCUAGAGAGGGAGAACAAGGGGAAGAUUAAUGUACACAGUAGAGUUGAUUAGUAAAAUUAGGUAGGUUGCCCAUCCCUGUGUUCCUAUAUGCUGUGGAGUCAAUUUGUAAAGGUAGUUUGAGAUAUCCCUUCGUUCUUCUUCUAUUCAUUUUACUUUUUAUAUUUUCUGUUUCUUAAAAAAAAGAAAAGAAAGGAUUCGUGCAUAAUGAAGUCACAUCAACAAUUAUAUAUAGUUGAGUCACCAUAUGGUCAAUCCAGACAAGUCAUACAAGCACAUUCUUUCCGCUUCAUGUAAAAGAUAAAUUACUAACUGGAUGUAGAUAAGGUAUGUGGGUAAGUCAACAUAAGAAAA